AUGCAGGCCGUCCGUCCGUUCCCUUUACUCCGGCUAACCCCUGAACUCGCCAAGAUUGUUUUUCGACACUUCGAUACAUUUCAAAUGCAAGUUUUUCUUUUUUCUAGAAUGUUUGCCAUUCAUUCUUUAACUUUCAGCUUGAAUUUGUCAUUUUGUUCUCAAAAAGUUCAAAACGUCGUCAAAGAUCUUGGACUAUUUCCUGAUGGAUGGAUUGAGUCGAAGAAUGAAUGGCUCGAAAUGAGAAUAGUUCGUCACGAUCGCAACGAAACACUCAGAGUGAUUGUGAAAGCGGUCGGACUGCUUGAAAUGUACCUCCCGGACAGUGAGACAUUGAAACCAUCGAUCGAAAAACGGUCACUGCGAGGAUUCGAUUUCUUCACGUCUUCUGAAAUUCACGAAACGUCUUCAGGAAGAAAGGAACACGUUUGGAGAGCAUUCUGGCCAAAUGAACAGAUUGGAUUUGAAGUGAUACUGGACCAUUUUAAAGAGAUUCUCGACUCGUCAGAGUUCGAUUGCCAAGUGGAAAACUAUUUGACUUCAAAAAUGAAAUUGGCAAACGAGAAGCCGCCAUUCAAACUGCUACAGCUGCCUUUCCUUUGUUCUCAGGCAGCCCUCCGGAUGAUAGAUAUUACUGGACUGUUAGUUUUUAACUUUAAAACUUUAAAAAUUUCUCGAGAAUCCAUAAUAUUUUAGAUUCGAUCUGUCCCUAUGUUCCAAGCGAGCGGCGAACUUGGUGAGAACGCUGAAAAGAAAAGCAUUGAGAUUGUAUCUUGGUGUGGAUAAACAAAAUCAAUACAUUGUGCACUUGUCAGUGCCACCAUAUCGCCAUCCUCUGUGCAAAUUUGCGGUCCGGGAUAUGAAGGAUUGUGAAGGAAGCGUGCAUGAGUUGGACAAACGGAGCAUUGGAGGAACGACUGUUCCCAGUUGGAUCAGCGUCGAGCACGGGUUGGUCACCUACUGGAACGACCAGCUGGAAGGACUGAAGAGAGUGGCGGAGCACCUGAAACACUUGCUCAAGUGCUCCUCUUACUUCAGCCUCCUAUUGGAUUGCUCGAAAUCGGUGACAACGGCGCACAAGGAUGUUAUCCAUUGGCUUUUCAGUGUUCAGUCCUCGGUUUCACGGUUCAGUGUUCUCACUCAAGACGUCGACGAUGACCUUCCAGCAGUCAUUCUUCCGUACGCUGAGAAAGUCACCGAAUUUUUCAACUGCGGUCUGAUGACCAGUGAUGAAUUUCGUUACUCGCCCGCCGCCUACAAUGGAAUCGCAUUCUGUAGCAGUUCGUCCAGGUGGCUGAUGCUAGACGACGUGUUCAGAAUCAACUGCCCGUCUGUCCAAUUCCUCAAAAACAAAAAGAAUAUCACGAAUGCGGAUAUGAAUGCGUUUGUGAAGAAAUGGCUCCGAACCGCUAAUUCGAAAUUGCGCUCUCUUGUCGUACACAUCGAGGACAUGAAUGCGGUCGAAAUUACGAGAGAUUUGGAAGGAGUGUGGAGGGAUUCGGAUACUGUACGAGUGUUCGAUUGUCCCCCUCCGAACAAUCAUUUUAGAAUCCGUGGGGGUUUCGAUAUGAAUAAGAAUGGGGUGACGGCCACGUUGAACUGUGCACACGUCGAAAAGUAUCCCGUGAUUGUGCUGGCUGUGUGGACUAACGGAGAGUGCUUUUAA